GGCUCUAAAAACCGGCAGCAGUAAAACAUUAAACUUUCUCAAUAAGAUAAUUUAAUUUUUCUAUCAAUAUACACAAGUUCAUAAGGGCUUCCAAAGCCAAAGCAAGAGCUAUAGAUUAAUAAUUUCUUAAAAUUAUAAAAACAUAUUUCUACUUGUUUUAUUAAAAAUAGUAUAACUUUAUAUCAACGUAAAAUCUUAAAUUAAUAUUCUGUAAUCAUCUGAAACUAAAUAUUUCAAAAAAACUGCAAUAAUGCGUCUAGUUAUUUUGCCAACGAGUUCGAAUGUUGGAGAAUGGAGUGCAAAAUAUGUGAUGAAAAGGAUUAACGACUUCAAGCCGGGUCCAGAUCGUUACUUUGUUCUUGGUCUACCCACUGGUUCAACGCCUUUGGCAAUGUACAAGAAGCUAAUUGAAUUCCAUAAAGCUGGUCGUGUAUCUUUCAAAUAUGUCAAGACUUUCAAUAUGGAUGAAUACGUUGGUUUGCCACGAGAUCAUCCCGAAAGUUAUCAUUAUUACAUGUGGAAUGAAUUCUUUAAACACAUUGAUAUUGAUCCCGAAAAUGCGCAUAUUCUUGAUGGAAAUGCUGAAGAUUUAGUCGUUGAGUGCGACAACUUUGAAAGGAAGAUUAAAGAAGCAGGAGGAGUUGAACUUUUCAUUGGCGGAAUUGGCCCUGAUGGGCACAUUGCUUUCAAUGAGCCUGGAUCAUCAUUGACGUCACGCACACGUGUCAAGACAUUGGCUCAAGAUACACUUGAAGCGAAUGCGAGAUUUUUCAAUAACGAUAUCACUAAAGUGCCCAAACAAGCAUUAACUGUUGGAGUUGGAACUGUUAUGGAUGCUAAGGAAGUUAUGAUUUUAAUUACCGGAGCACAUAAAAGCUUUGCUUUGUAUAAAGCAAUCGAAGAAGGAGUUAAUCACAUGUGGACUGUUAGUGCUUUCCAGCUCCAUCCAGCAACUUUAUUUAUAACAGACGAAGACGCUACUUUGGAAUUGCGUGUCAAGACUGUCAAAUAUUUUAAGGGUCUCAUGGGUGUUCAUUCAAAACUUAUAGAAGGAAUGUAGUCAAUCAACGAUGAUUCCCUAUUCAAUGAAUCUCGGACUUUUGAAGUUUCUCCUGUCUACAAUUAUUUUCCUUUCAACUGUUAAUUUUUUUAAGGUUUAAAGUUUAUAAAUAUCUCUAUGCAGUUUAUAAAUAUUUUUGGAAAUUAAGAAAUAAAAAAUUCAAUAACAAUCAGAUUCAACGAAAA